UGAGUCCACAUGCAGCGCAGAGAAGAGGGGCAGCAGUGAGGCAGUAAAAAGCAGACUGUCAGCACCGUGCCCACCCACACGGAGAGAGAGAGAGAGCUGCGCCACGGUGAGCCACGGCACGACGGCACGGAACGACUGAACACCGGACCGGGUGAAUGCAGGCGACAGCGCAGGACAGUGCUGCAGACACUCUUCCACCAUUUUCGGAGAAUACAGGACGCUCAGACUAGUUCUCCUCCACACAGGGGAAAGGGGACUAAUCCCACCGCAACACCUUGGACCGUGGGGUUCUCGUCACACCGCGGUGGUCAGUGGCUGUCCGUAGACUACCCGGGUGUGUUUAAUGCUCAGCUCUCAGUGGGACAGAACUCCUCAUUCUGAAAGUACUGACACAGUUACAGAGUCCUGAAGGUAAGGAGGCUGCCGUAGUGUUCAGAGUACAGCUGUGCGUGAAGGAGCUGUGCGUCGGUACAACAUGGAGAACGCUCACACCAAGAGUGUGGAAGAAGUUUACACUCAUUUCUGCGUCAACGAGAUCACCGGACUCUCCCUGGACGAGGUGAAGCGUCAGAAGGACAAAUGGGGCCUAAACGAGCUACCAGCAGAAGAAGGGAAGUCUUUGUGGGAACUGGUCCUGGAACAGUUUGAAGAUUUGCUUGUUCGGAUUCUCCUGCUGGCUGCGUGUAUAUCUUUUGUCCUGGCCUGGUUUGAGGAGGGAGAAGAAACCAUCACGGCCUUCGUGGAGCCUUUUGUCAUCUUACUCAUUCUUAUAGCCAACGCCAUCGUUGGUGUUUGGCAGGAACGAAACGCUGAAGAUGCAAUUGAAGCUCUCAAAGAGUAUGAGCCUGAGAUGGGGAAAGUUUACCGGCAGGACAGGAAGACGGUGCAGAGGAUCAAGGCCAAAGACAUCGUCCCCGGUGACAUCGUGGAAGUUGCCGUUGGAGAUAAGGUCCCUGCAGACAUCCGUAUCUGUUCCAUCAAAUCCACCACUCUGAGGGUAGACCAGUCCAUCCUGACCGGUGAAUCCAUCUCUGUGAUCAAACACACCGACCCCGUGCCGGACCCUCGAGCCGUUAACCAGGACAAGAAGAACAUGCUCUUCUCUGGUACGAACAUCGCCGCAGGAAAGGCGGUGGGCGUGGCCGUGUCCACGGGUGUCAACACAGAGAUCGGGAAGAUCCGGGAUGAGAUGGCGGCCACGGAGCAGGAGAGAACACCCCUGCAGCAGAAGCUGGAUGAGUUUGGUGAGCAGCUCUCCAAGGUCAUCUCCCUCAUCUGCAUCGCCGUGUGGAUCAUCAACAUCGGACACUUCAACGACCCGGUGCACGGAGGCUCCUGGAUCCGUGGUGCGGUGUACUACUUUAAGAUCGCUGUGGCCCUCGCCGUGGCUGCCAUCCCUGAAGGACUUCCUGCCGUCAUCACCACCUGCCUGGCUCUGGGCACUCGCCGCAUGGCUAAGAAGAACGCCAUCGUCCGCAGCCUGCCAUCCGUGGAGACCCUCGGCUGCACCUCUGUCAUCUGCUCUGACAAGACGGGAACCCUGACCACCAACCAGAUGUCUGUGAGCAGAAUGUUUGUUGUCAACAAAGCUGAAGGUGACAGCUGCUCACUGUCCGAGUUCACCAUCACAGGCUCCACCUACGCACCCGAGGGAGAAGUGUUCCAGGAUGGUAAACCAGUGAAAAGCUCCCAGUUUGAUGCCCUGACUGAACUGGCUACGAUCUGUGCCCUGUGCAACGACUCCUCUUUGGACUUCAAUGAGGUGAAGGGUGUGUACGAGAAGGUGGGCGAGGCCACAGAGACGGCGCUGACCUGUCUGGUGGAGAAGAUGAAUGUUUUCGACACUGAGGUCCAGAGUCUGUCCAAGAUCGACAGAGCCAACGCCUGCAACUCUGUGAUCAAGCAGCUGAUGAAGAAGGAGUUCACCCUGGAGUUCUCCAGAGACAGGAAGUCCAUGUCUGUGUACUGCACCCCCAACAAAUCUCGCUCGUCCAUGGGGAAGAUGUUUGUGAAGGGGGCCCCAGAGGGAGUCAUCGAGAGGUGCACUCACAUCAGACUGGGCAACACUAAAGUCCCCCUGAGCAAAGGUAUCAAGGAGAAGAUCAUGUCUGUGAUCCGGGAUUACGGGACCGGGCGUGACACCCUGAGGUGCCUGGCUCUGGCCACGCGAGACAGCCCGCCCAAAAUGGAGGACAUGAUAUUAACAGAAACGCCCAAAUUUGUAGAGUAUGAGUCCGACCUGACCUUCGUUGGCUGCGUCGGCAUGCUCGACCCCCCCAGACAGGAAGUGGCCGCCUCCAUCAAGCUGUGCCGGCAGGCCGGCAUCCGCGUCAUCAUGAUCACCGGGGACAACAAGGGCACAGCUGUGGCUAUCUGCCGCCGCAUUGGUAUCCUAGGCGAGGAAGACGACGUGGAGCGCAUGGCGUUCACUGGACGAGAGUUCGACGAGCUCUCGCCGUUCGAUCAACGCGAGGCGGUCACUCACGCUCGCUGUUUUGCACGUGUCGAACCUUCCCACAAGUCCAAGAUCGUGGAGUUCCUGCAAGGAUUUGAUGAAAUCACUGCUAUGACCGGUGAUGGCGUGAACGACGCCCCCGCCCUGAAGAAGGCAGAGAUCGGUAUCGCCAUGGGCUCUGGCACCGCCGUGGCCAAGUCGGCCUCUGAGAUGGUCCUCGCCGAUGACAACUUCUCGUCCAUUGUGGCCGCUGUGGAAGAGGGCAGAGCAAUUUACAACAACAUGAAGCAGUUCAUCAGAUACCUCAUCUCCUCCAACGUGGGCGAGGUCGUCUGCAUCUUCCUCACGGCUGCACUGGGCUUCCCCGAGGCUCUGAUUCCCGUUCAGCUGCUCUGGGUGAACCUGGUGACUGAUGGCCUCCCCGCCACCGCCCUGGGAUUCAACCCCCCAGACCUGGACAUCAUGGAGAAGCCUCCUCGUAACGCCAAGGAGCCCCUCAUCUCUGGCUGGCUCUUCUUCAGAUACCUGGCCAUCGGAGGCUAUGUGGGCGCGGCCACAGUGGGAGCGGCUGCCUGGUGGUUCACGGUCUCUGAAGAUGGACCUCAGCUUACCCUGUACCAGCUGAGCCACUUUCUCCAGUGCGCCCCAGACAACCCUGAGUUCGAUGGCCUGGACUGCCAUGUGUUUGAGUCGCCCUAUCCGAUGACCAUGGCGCUGUCAGUGCUGGUCACCAUAGAGAUGUGCAAUGCUCUAAACAGUCUGUCUGAGAACCAGUCCCUGCUGAGGAUGCCUCCCUGGGAGAACAUUUGGCUCCUCGGGGCCAUCUGCCUCUCCAUGUCCCUCCACUUCCUCAUCCUCUACGUGGAACCUCUGCCUGUCAUCUUCCAGAUCACCCCUCUGGACACGACCCAGUGGAUGAUGGUGCUGAAGAUCUCGCUGCCCGUCAUCCUGCUGGACGAGCUGCUAAAGUUUGUUGCCAGGAACUACUUGGACUUCGGUAAACAUCUGGAGAAGCCGGUCAGAAAAGGCUGCUCUCUGUCCGCAUGUGCCGACGGCAUCUCCUGGCCCUUCGUGGCCGUCUCCCUGCCCCUGGUGCUGUGGAUCUACAGCACCGACACUAACGUGUCUGCCAUGUUGUGGCCCUGACUGACUCCACUACGAUCCCCUCCCUGUGCACCAGUGUGAAGUGGACAUUAACACACACAUAUAACACACUUACAUUCACAACAGCUCACAGUCAACAGUUGCACAUGCUCGGACAGAUCUUUUCUAUUGAAACAUUUUUUUUAAGGAGGGGGAGGGGGGGUCGUCAUAUUUUAAUGACUCUGACUGACAUUAUUAAGUCCAUAACUUUUAUUACACCAUCACGCUUUUCUCUCUUUCAGUCCGUCGUUUUGAAUGCUAAGAGAAGCUCGCCUUGUCGGAGCUGUGUGUUGAGCUGUACAGAGAAUUUACACUAUUUUAUAACGAUUAAUAUUUUGUAAUUUUUGCGGGGUUGUUGGGGACGAGAAUGCUUUGGUAAGUAAAACACUCAUUUCGGGGGGCGAAGGCGGUGUGUGUGUGUCUUUGCCCCUGGCAUGAAUCUCGACCGUCAGUUUUGAGCUCCGUGCGUAUUCAUCGAUGAUUUUCUGCAAUAGGCAGAGCACAGCUACCUCAGUGCUGUUUGUGACCAUGACUUUAACCAUUUCAGAAAGGAUCCUUUUACACCUGUGAGGUCAGCGCCUAUUUCUUCUGCAGGAGAGACAACGCCCUCUCACACACACACACACACACACACACACACACACACACACACAGACCAUAAUAUGUUACCAGUUUGACUUUAGCCGUGUUUUUGAUACAGUCUGUCGCUUCAUUUGUUUACUUGAAGAAAACACGGUCGUCUUGAUUCUCUUUGUUUGAGUUUAAGCUUCUUUUUGUUUUUGAGUGCCAGUCUCAACCUCCGAUCUUAUUUCUUGUUUUUUUUUUUAUCUUAACAACAAUGAUCUUUCUAAUAUAUAUGUAAAAUGUGCACAUACUGUACUUGAAGAUGUAAAAAAAGGCACCAAGCAGCUGUUAGUCUUAUCAACUGAGCACAACGUGGACGACAGGUCGUUGGACGAGUCUGUAAAUCUGUACAUAGCACACAAAGUAGAAUCUCUCUCUGUGGUUUUUUUAUUAUGUCGUCGCUUCCUAAACGCUUCACAUGCGUCUUCUUCCACUAGUUCACACGCUCACGCUCGUAGCUCGCAGCCUCUCUGCGCGCCCGCUCCGAUAACCCCGCGGCUAACGAGUGCUUUGAGUUGAUGAGGUAAAAAGCUAACUUGUUGUUUCUUCCAAUGCUUCCACGUGUUCACCUGCAGAGUGAGUACACUUUGACCUGCAUGCCUGCUGCUGCUCGCUCAUUCUUCUUCUGCUGUUUUUAUAGCAACUACUGCUUCUUCUUCUUGUGUUUUUUUUUAGCGGCUGCUUCGCUGUCGCAUCAUUUCUCACAUGAGAAUGAUUGACAGAUCUGCAUUAUGUUUGAUAUGACUAGCAGUUUAUCUUAAUAACUUAAUAAAACGUAAUGGUACUGCAGUGAAAGGGGAGCCUUUAAUGUCACCAAGUGCCAGCUAACGCUAGAUAUAGGAGCCGUUAGUAUUUGCAGCGGUCUCCAUGGUAACUGUUUGUGUUCCACUGUAUUCUUUCAGCAUGUGAUAACUGGCGUAGACGCCAUAGGACAUGGUUAUCUUGUGUUUUUAGUUAUUCUCUGCUUGUCCGAUGCAUGGCCUUCAUGUAUCUGUGCUCCUUCUCUGACAGGAAGUGAUGAUGAUUUGACUUAUCUGCUGUUCUGGCCUGUGACUCCUGCAUCCACUGAUCUGAUUCUUCCUCUCUUUCUCUCUCUCUUUUUCUUCUUCUCCUUCGCAGCAAAGGCCGAGUAAAGCCCGCCUCUUCUCUAAACUCCUUUCAGAAACGUUUGGUUUUUGUUUUGUGUUGUGCAUGUGUGUUUCGGACAAAGAACAUCUUCCAACAGCUGCAUGUCGGUCGAGUAAUUUAAGGUCAGAGGCUCAUAAGUUCAUGGAUCAUUUGAUAGACUGAAAAUCGAACCACCGGACCAGUCCUCUCAUCGUCCUGCAUGAAGAGCCUUAGAUCACCAUUUAGCUCCAUCUUUUCAGACACAGCUCUUAGUGCCGUGUACAGUCAAGUGUACGAUAUUCUGUGGUGCAUGUCCGCUGAAUCAGCCAUCUGUUUGACCACACCUGUGUUCUAGACUUUGUAUAGUAUCUGUAACUAGAAUAGACAUCCGUCAGGUAGUACAAACGUUAAAUAAGCUCAAACACAGUUCAUCUUUCCUAAGGAAAAACUUUAAUGGGAUAUUUAAAAACCAAACAGCCUUUUCUUUUUCUUUUUGUGCUUUGCACUGAGACGUGCGACAUGUUUGGAGCAGGUUUUUCGUCAUAUCUGGGAAGGCGGACGUGCGGCGGUGCAGUGAUGCGCCGAUUUUAUCACGAGGGCGGUGGGCUGACCUUCCACUGGCAUUUUUUUGCCAAACUGCUGUACUGUAUUUUCAGAGAUGAUUGUACAAUGUAUCACAUGAACUUUGGUUUCAGGUAAAUAAAAACUGUCAUAUGAAGAGUUUA